AUGGGUAGCGGGCUGGCCGGAGUGAGGCCACCUAAGCUCUACCCAACUAAUUUGGAAUUUCUGGACAUUCACCUUAUUAUAUAUAAUAUAUAUACUACUCCAAAACAAACCACAAACAUUACACUUUCUAAAAUUCUUAUAUUUACAACCAAUUUUCUUCUUCUGAAAAUGGAUUGGACUAGAGGCCGUACCAUAGGCCAUGGAUCCACUGCCGCUGUCUUCGUUGCUAAGUCACGUUUCUCCGAUGAGGUCUUCGCUGUUAAGUCAGUCGAGCUAUCCAAGUCGCAGUUAUUGCAGAAAGAGCAGAAAAUUCUGUCCCAGUUGAGCUCCCCUUAUAUAGUUACCUACAAGGGGUACAAUGUUACCAAAGAGAAUGACAAACUUAUCUUUAAUCUUAUGAUGGAGUAUAUGCCGGAUGGUACACUUUACGAUGAAAUUCGGAAACAGGGUGGUCGGAUGAACGAACCGUUGAUCGGGUAUUAUACCAAGCAAAUGGUAAAAGGACUAGAGUUCCUACAUUCAGGUGGCAUAACACAUUGUGAUAUUAAGGGGCAGAAUAUUUUGUUAGGUAAAACCGGUGCCAAAAUUGCUGAUUUUGGUUGUUCCAGGUGGAUUCAUCCGGCGGAGAGGAACGGUGGUGCAAAGCCAAUUGGAGGAACACCGAUGUUUAUGGCACCGGAGGUGGCGCGUGGGGAAGAACAGGGGUUUGCAGCAGAUAUUUGGGGAUUGGGAUGUACAAUUAUUGAAAUGGCCACUGGUGGAUCGCCAUGGAAUAAUGUGACAACCGCAGCUUCAUUACUUUACAAAAUAGCAUUUUCAGAGCAAUCCCCUGAAAUCCCUAAAUUCCUGUCCUUACAAGCAAGGGAUUUCUUAAGCAAAUGCUUGAAAAGAGAUCCAAAAGAAAGAUGGACAGCUAAACACCUCCUCAAACAUCCAUUUCUCGAGUCGAACUCUACGACAAUUAAAGAUUUUGUGACGAGUUCACCAACAAGCAUUCUUGAUCAAGACAUAUGGAAUUCAGUAGAGGAAUCAGAAACAAUAAUAUUACAAACAGUUAGCUCACCUCUGCAAAGGGUAAGAGAAUUGGGUUCGAAUUUAGGAGAAUUAAAUUGUAGAUGGAAUGAUGAUGAGAGAUGGAUCACAGUUAGAAGCAGCAGCUGUGAAUAAGUAGAUCAUCAAACAACGGAAUUGCAGCUUACAAACUCUUGCCUUACAUUACAACAGAACGCGACGGGGCAGAGAAAGUGACACAUUGAAGAAGAAUCAAGCCUCUUGAAAUUCCUCUCAUCGUGUUGGGGCAGAGAAUGGUUGCGAAUUCACUAUUAAGGGUCGACCCAAAUCAGUGGAGGUAGGACCAGUAAAAGUGACACUUCACCCUUCUCGUGACAGUUAACGAGUUUAACUAAUAUGCACUGAUAUUAAUAAUGUAAAUAGCAAAAGCUUUCAUAUUUGUGUUUUCAUUUGUGAAAAUUACCAUACUUGAAAAGGAAACAAUUGUUCUUUAUCACAACGCAUAAA